AUGGUUAUUUUACAUUUAAAACGCGGUGAUGAAAAUCUAUUCCUUUACGAAACUGAUGUUAAUGAAAACACCACCGAUGUUGUUAAAGAUAUAACCGCUAUCUAUAAUGGUCGCCUUAAGGUGGAACGUAUUUGCAUGGAAAUGGAAGAAUUAGCUACGCAUGGUACUCUCUUGCCUCCCGAAAUGAUUGGUCUGACUGAUGAACAAAUCGAAGAAUUGAAAUUAAAGGAUAUAUGGUCUGAGAAAUGUAUACCGUCCGGUGGUUUUAUCUUCAAUAAAGAUCCAAUUGGACGUCGCAAUGGUCAACAGCCAAAGGAAAAUAUGCAAGAGGUCUUACGUAAUGCUAUGAGAGAUGCCCGUGAAUUAAUCGAUAAAAAAUUAGUAUUGACUAAGCGCCCAUUAAAUUUGAAAAUAGUGGGCGAAGCUAUAAAUCUCUUACGUGGUGCUGUUACUAUUGUCUACCCAAUGCAAUUGCCACCCCACGAUUAUAUACGUCAGGAAUUUACAAAUACCGAAGAUUUAUCUGGCACUCAAGCCUCUAGAGAUGUAAUAGAACCCUCGAAAGCUCAACUCUGGUUUGCGGGACGUCUUCUAUUGAACGAUAAGAAAUUGAGCGAAUUUAUUGGUAACAAUAAUAAAACCAAAGUGGUGGUAAAAUUGAAUCAGCACGGUCAAGGUCCCCCAGGUCGUGAACCGGUGAUAACCGAGGACAUACGACGUCAAAUGAUGGCUGAUUCUUAUCGCCGUCAAGAGGAAUUGAAGAAGUUGGAAAUGGACGAAGAUGAUAAUUAUCUAAACUCAAGUUGGGCUGAUAGCGGCAUAUUGAAACGCCAAGCCCAUGGUCUGGAGAAUGUACGGUUCCGUGUGGGUUAG